GGUCCCAACCCAAGGGUCACAGCUCGAGGGUCUCAGUCCAAGGGUCCCAACCCAAAGGAUCCGAACCCAAGGGUCCCAGCCCAGGGGGGGUCCCAACCCAGGGGGUCCCAGCCCAAGGGUCCCAACCCAAAGAGUCCCAACCCAAAGGGUCCCAACCCAAGGGUCCCAACCGAAGGGGUGGAUUUUUCACCUUUUUCUGA